AUGGCUUCUACCGAGGAGUUGGAUGGUCAAGUACGGCCUAAUGAGGGCGAGCCAACUGCACUCCCAUCUAAACGUGGACGGUGGAACAUUGGCAGCUUUGUAGAAGACAUGCAACUUGGAGCCAUUAAUGGCCACAUAGGCGACUUACAUACCGGCAUAGUGCACCAGAAGGAUGUUCUCGGGCAUACUGGAUGUGUGAAUGCCGUUGAAUUCAACAAAACCGAGGAUAUGCUAGCAAGUGGUUGGCGCGACGACAUGCGUGUUUUCGUCUGGCACGUCUCAGAUCUCAUGUUGGAGGAAGCACCAAAGCCUGCCGUAGUCAUGGAGCGAGGCCAUAACUCAAACAUUUUCUGCUACCAAUUUUCGCUAGAUGGUGGUGAACUGUUUUCUGGUGGCAAUGAUGGCGUAGUGCUACGUCACGAUGUUACAACACGCACGCAGCCGUUUGAGUGUUUUAUGAAGAGCGUCAUCCCGUGUACAGCAUAUCGGCUAAUCUGCAAUUCUUCUCACUUUCGCCAUAGACCAAGAAGAAAUGUCACGCUCAAAGAUCCUGUUCAGCCUAUCGACAUCAACAUCGUGGCGGCAUCCCGAGAAGGUGGAGUGGUGUCUUUUUAUGAUCGCAGAGAAACUAAAGAAGGUUCUUUCUGCCUUAUAGAUGAAGGUCAACUUUUUCGUGGCCAGUACAAUCCCGCCAAUGCGCUUUUCUUCGCUACAGCUUCAAACCGGGGUGUGCGUCUCAUGAACUUCGAACCGCCGCUGCUUGACCUGAGAACAUUUGUGAGUGAAGCGAUCUAUGUGGAGUGGAAUUCAACGGGCACUGCUCUCACCGCCUUGCAGUCACACUCCAAUCCGAUCUAUAUUGACCUUACUGAUCACCGCCGCGUUGAACUGAAAGAUCCAGAAUACAGCAACGUUCACACAAUCAAGUCUGUGACGUUCAUGGAUGAUGGCAUGGUGAUGACAGGCAGUGAUGAUUUCAAUAUUUAUGCAUGGCAAAUACCGGCUUCUAGUCAAGCACAAGAGAAUGAGAACAUCUCGGAAGCCACGUUUGUGCUCAAAGGUCAUCGGUCCAUAGUAAAUCAUGUGAGAUACAGCCCGAGCAACAGAAUAAUUUCUUCAUGUGGAGUGGAGAAAAUCAUCAAGGUGUGGAGUUCUUUGCCCAUACCAGCUUCAUACGACAAGCCGAGAAUCCGAGUAAAGAAAACUCUGCUUUCUGAAUUGAGUUUUGAUGAAGGAGUGGCAGUGGACGACACCGCUGAGGACCUCAACAUGUUGAAUUAUUUCGAUCAGUUGGAUAAUCUAUCACGAAUGCAGGCGUAUGAUCCCAAUGAGGAGACAGAUGGAGACAACGUUGUCGUGAAUGUCGAUUUGGAAGGCCUGCGAGCGCAUUUGAUGGGGCUGGAAACCUCCGAUGAGGGCAGUGCCAGCGACGGAAAUGACUACGAUUUCGAGCAUGUAAACGACGUUGGUGAAGAAGGUUCGGCAGACGAUGAGACUUCCGCAAGAGGCUCAUUAAGAGCACAGCGUAGGCGUCGGUGGAGGAUGAUGCGGAGGAACAGUCACGAAAGGCGAGGAUCUGAAAAUAAUCCUGCAGAGUCUGGGUCUUCUCCUUCUUGGGAGGUUCUCAACGAACAUGAAGAAGUUGAAGCUUCUUCUGAUGAGGAGACCGAAGGACCUCGUAAGCGUGUGAAGAGGAACGCAGAGUCGAGUGAUUCUUCGGAUGACGAGUUCGCCGUAUGUGAGAGCGGCAUCCCAAUUGACGCCUGGCCUGUUAGAGGAAGCGAACCACCUGCUUCUCAAAUGUUUCUCGUCUACCACUGCUGUCAACAUAGCGAUUUCAGAAGGCUCAUUCGUUGUCGAGCUCGAAAAGUUAGCUUUUGGAAUGAGUAA